GGCUACCAAAACAAAAAAAUAAUAAUAGCAUUGUUCUAGUAUAACGCUAAUUUAAGUUUACAAGACAUACAAAUGUAUCUGCCCUCACCCCAUACUUUUGUGAACGUUUUAUUUAUUUAGCAACUACAUCAUUUGUGUGUUAAAAGCUGCACAGCAGCACUCAAGUAUGCAUGUUUCCCACAGGGGGGUUAACGCUGCUUGUGAACCGGAUGCGAUUCCCGCUUCGUCCGUCUCUGUGUGUGUGUUGUCGUUGCAUUGCUCAUGGCGGACUGAGCCUGGGCAUUGUCUUGCAAACCUACUUGUGCACAAAUAUAUUCGAAUAUCGACCGAUCACUCUAAACUCUUUUAAUCGCACUGUUGUCAUCGACUCAGUUUCAGACUCAGCUGAUCAGAUUCCGGUCAGUCAACUCGCCGAUCAGCCUGUUUGAGACGCGAGCGCCCAUCAUCAUCAUUAUCAUCAUCAUGGAUGUGAAUUUGACCAUCUCCCUGAUGCGGGGCCAGAUGGGCGCCGUCAUAGAGAAAGCCGUGAACGUCGCGGUGGAGACCGUGUUAGGAGAGAUGAUCCGGGUGGUCGGGCUCAAAUUCGAGGAGAUCAAACACGAGAUGACCGCAAAAGAGAAGGAGAACGAAAACAUCAGGAAGAUUUUGGAGACUCACCGCUGCCAGAUGAAAACCAUGCGCAAGUACAUCAGCGUCCUGGCUGCUAAAGACCCUAAUAAUCAUAGAAUGUAUGAGGGAGAUGGAGAAAUGGCAUUGCAUUGCAGAGGGCCAACAAGCACUGUAUCAAUGUGUGCAAAAUCCCCAAACCCCUGUGCCAGACCAAGAGUCAAGGAACCUGCCCCUGUUGCUGGACCCUCAUGGGCAAGACAGCAGAUGCACACGUUCAAAGCUCAAAAUAUAGGCCAAGAGCCAUUAAGAACUGAACAUCAGCUUGCUGAUCUGCAUAUUGAAGAGAUUCAAGGAUCAUCAGUCCAUAAAGUUGAUAAUUCAAGCCGUCAUCUGGUGGACAGUCAAGGCCUACUGUGUGAGACCAAUGACCCGAUUUGGGGACAAAACCCUCUGAUCCCUGCUGUGGCUGAGCCCACAGACAUGCCAGACACCAAUGUCCUCUCAGCACCCAUGAUGACUGAUGACCCAACCCAAACUACAACCACCCAAACUGUGGCCUUUGGAGAAGCAUCACUUAAGAUCAAACAGGAGGAAGCAGAGAUUGAAAUUGUCUGUGUUAAAGAUGAAGACUCAGAAGCAGCCAGCACAUCUAGGUUUGACUAUUCCAACCCUGAACUUCACCAGCCAUUGGUGGUGCCAGAGUUCGGGGGCUCACUAGAUCUACCUGGAUCCUUUCAAGCUCUUCAGAGUCCAGGCACUUCAGCAGAACUUGCUGUCCCAGCCUACAUCAGUGUGGACCCAACCUCCUACACCGUAAUGGCAAAAACAGCUGCUGAAAGACAGAGAGAGUACAGGGCCAGAAGGAAUGCUGAUCCUGUACGCAGGGAAAAGUACCUCAGGAGUGAGAGAGAGAGAUGGAAAAGGGAUAUUGAUACAGGAAAAAAGAAGAGAAUUGGUGACCUGGGUGAGAAGGCUCAAAGGUGGAGGCGCAAGAAGUGGAGAGAGGCAAAAGAACGGCAAAAGAAAAGGGAACCGAUUUUCAAAAUAAUUGCCUCCCCACCAAACAAUCCCGAAUCCAGUCUUAUGGUGUGGCUGCAACCCUGAAGAGGACCACAGACAGGCUGUUAAGCCAGAAUACGGAUAUCCCAGGUGCAUGUGAACUCGUCAGGGCAUGUACACAGACCAGCAUAGCCUGGGGAGAUGGUUGGUAAAGCCCUUUAAAGGAUGCCAUUUAACCUAAAGGCAGUUCCAUCAACAGUGAGGCUCUACCAGAUGGUAACUCGCAGGUGGCACCCAAUAAAAGUACUUGCCAAUGCAGAAACAGCUGUGGACUUUAAGUGUUUCAAUACACAGUAUUUCAGCUUUAAAGGAAAGAGGGGUAGUACAGAAGAUUACAGUAUGUGUGGGACUUGGUGUUUGAUAAUACAGUUCAGGAAUCAUCUUUGCCACAGACGAUUCCCAAGUGCAGAGUCUGGCCAAACAUGUUCUUAUGGCCAGGUUGUAAGGAUGUGCUGGAACAUAUUCUUUCCCCCAACAAUGUUAUAUUUUGACAGUAUAUGUGGGGCACGCUAAAUAAAUAUAGUUGCGUCCCAAAAGACGCACUAUACACUGCAGUUACACUAUGCACUUGGCCAUCUAGUGAAUGGAUUUUCAAAGUGAAGUAUAGUGUCAAAUGCAACGUGUUUUUUACUACACUGAAGCAUUUGCCAUUCUAGCUGAUGGAAGUGAUAUUGCACAAGCACACAAUGUGUUGCAGCUAGCUUUAGCACGUCAGGCAACCUUUAGUCCAACACUUGUAUCUCAAAUAACAAACACACACUAGUUUUGCUAGUUGCCACAUUCACCUUUGAUUACAAUGUCAGGCCAAUAUCGCAGCCAGAUAACUCCACCCCUUCCACUACAUUGGGUAAGCUGCGAGCACUAAAGUGCAUGAAGGGCCCAACAUUCUGCAAUGUGUUAUUUCGGAUACUAGUACAAUUCUUUUUGUUGCAUUUUUCACGUGAGCACUAUAAAAUGGCAUAGAGUAGUGCAGAAGUAUGCAAUUUGGGACGCAGUUUGUUCAUUCUUUGUAUGUAUGAAAAGUAGUUGUAUGUAAAAAUCUUUAACAAAAUAAAUUAUUCAGCUGAUUGUGUUUCACAAAAAAAAAAAAAAAAGCAGUCUCUUCAACCCUGUUAUCAUUUGUAUCCCUGUUAAACUGCGUUCAACCCUGUUACGUCAUUGUUGUUUUUUUUAUUCACACUGGAGUGAUCAGUAGUGUACCACAUUCUCUAGUCUAUAAAUUCCAAACAUACUCCUACCAGGUUUAUAUAAUGAAGCACUUUUUAAUCAAUUACAAGAAAUUAUUGUUAUACUUUGGGCUUGAGGUGGGUAAAUAGUACUUCUUAAAUGCUCAGCAACCUUUUCAAAAACCUUUUCAUGAAAUGAUACAAUUUAAGACCCCCCCCCCAACCCCCAUGAAAGGGCACCCAACAGGAUAGGUUGAAAAUAUUUAAAAAAAUAAAGAUUUUGUUCACUCUUAUAAAACUUGGAGGUUACAUCAUGAAGCAGAAUUUUUACCAAACCAUAAGCCAGAACUGAACACUGAAUAUUCGGAAAGCUCCAUAUUUGAAGGCAGUAUGGAGUUUCUCUACAAAAUUUUACAUUCAUGAAUCUGACUGAUUGAGUAAGAAACAAGCAAAUUUUUUACCCCCUACAAGGACGUGUAUGAUUUUUUAAAAGUGCAUUGCCUUUAUCUCAAGCCAUUCCAUGAUGAGGAUCACAAGAGACAUGCAUGAACAGGUGAGUCUAGCUGUUUUACUUAAUCUUUAAAAUGUAUAAUGUCAACCUUGUGUCAUAUGUAGGCUAUUUACCUUUUAUUUAUGUGUUUUUUUAUUUAUUUUUUUAUUAUUUUUACAUUUAAUUAAAGACAGACAGAAUGUUGAUAAUUUGCAUUGUGCUCAAUCUCCAGCUAAAUUAUUGUGUAUUGGAAUAUAUCUGCGCCUUCAGAAUGGUAACAGGGUUGAUGGUAAAAGAGUUGACAGUUCAGUUAGACUUAAUUAGCCUUUUGCUCAAGGUCAUGACAUACAGGGUGCUUAUUAGAAAGAAUGUUUAAUGCAGAUAUUUCUACAGAUAUUCACUUUUCAAUUAGUUGUUUAUUAUUAAAACUCAUGGUAACAGGGUUUAAGGGGCGAAACAAUAAGAUAAAGUGAUACAAAGGAGAAUUGUCCUUGCAGAUUUCACUUCCUGAAAAAAUGAUAAUGAUGUCAUGUUGACUGAAUUUGAUGAUUUUAUGGCUUCUGUUUAUAUUAUAUAAAUAAGAGAUACAGUAGUUGUGACGGUAACAGGGUUGACACAACCUGGGGAGACAAUUUCUUCAAUAUAUAGAUAGCAAUAUUCAAUAUAAAUUGCUUUUAGUUUUUUUGUUUUAAUUCUUUUGUGUGUAUUUGCAAAUGCAGUAGGAAGUAAAACAGAACAUGCCAAAAAGGCAUGAAAAAAGGAAUGGGAUUUUGUUGAAGUGUUUGAACAAAUGCCACAGUAAAACUCAUGAGGGACACCAAAUUCUAGGAAGUUUUAUUGUUUGCUAUUUUCUUAUAGAAAGUUAUCAACAGUUGAUAUCCCUUCUUCCUUUUCGUGUUACACUUCUAAAAUUCAUCAAAUUUUAAUUUAUGUGCAUUUGUU